CCUCUUUGAUGGUGUGGAGGUUCCUGUUGUCCUGCACUCUCCCUGGAGGUGGGUCGUGCCUAAGAUGCAAAGGUUGCCUCUGCACUGCUCCAGGUCUCCGCUGCCGAGGGGGGAAGGCGUUCUGCUAGCUGGACUGAACCAAGUUGGCCUGAGCUGCCUCCUUCGCCUGCUCCGCCUGGCCUGCUGCCACGCUGCCCCUUGCCCUGCCACCAGCCAGGGUACCAUGCACGCAGCCCACUACCACGCCUGCAAGCCACACAACACAUGGGCCGCCUACCUGGAACACUUCUCUCAGCUGCACCAGGGCCGGCACAAUGGGCACAAGCAGAAACACCACCACCACCACCGCAUCAAGAAGAAAACCUGGAACUUCAUCCAUGAGAAGAUGAGCUAUGACACCUUCUUCACCAUGAAGCGGCUGAUUGACCGCUCACGGACAGUGGGUGAGGUGCUACGCUGGGUGACACAGAACCCCGGCAAGAUCUCCUACAACCAUUACCCCAUUGCCCUGCAGAAGAUCGGGCAGCUGCUGCAGCAGCGGCCGGCCGCAGCCAGUGACGACUCUGCCCACGGCCAGACGCUGGAACUGGAUGAGUUCCACACGCUCUGCGCCUCCAUCGUGGCCGACUGCUCCAAGUUCGACAACUUCAGCAUUGUUAAUUGCCUGUACGCCGUGGCUGCCUUGGGUCUUCCCAGCGAUUCCAAGAUAGUCCAGGUGCUGGAGGAAGAGGCGCGUGUGCGGCUGAGCCAGUUCAACCAGAAGGACAUCUCCAUGGUGUUCAGCAGUGUCAUGAAGCUGCACAGGUCCACGCAGCACCCGCUGCUGGAGAGCUGCCUGGGCGGCCUGGAGAAGAACAUGGAGAAGGAGCGCCACCCCCAGACCCUCUUCCUGCUGCUCUCCUACUACCGGCUGCGGGCCCAGGCCCUGCACUCCGACUCCUACACCAGCGAGCAGCUCCUCAACAACCGCAAGAUUCUGCGGCUGGUCAAACACACGCUGGGCCACGUGGCCAACGUCAGGGAUCACGAGAUGAGCCUACUGGACGAGAUGCUGGCUACCUGCUGCCGCGAGGCCAGCAACAAAUCCCUGGAGUUGAUCUUCAGCUCCCAGAUCUUCUACGAAAACCGACAGGAGAAGUUCAUCAGCAGCCUGGCAGAGGAACUUCCCAAAAAGGUGGACAGCAUCACGCCCUACACCAUGGCAUUGAUAGCGAAAUACAUUGCCCGUCAUCGGCUGCGGGAGAGCAAGCUUCUCGACACCAUCGCUGAGUUCCUCAUCAAAAAGGGAGACUAUCUGGACAGCAAGGUAAUUCAGAAACUGGUCUUCCCGUUCAGCCGCAUGAACUACAAGCCCACCAACGCGGACAAGUUCUUUGAGAAGCUGGAGUCGGUGUUGGAGGUGAAGGCGAUGAACUCUCCCCUGGCCACCGUCAACAUCUUCAUGUCCAUGUUUCAGCUUGGACACUUCCCCGGCGCCAUUCUCGACCGAGUCUUCUCCGCUGCGUUUGUCAACAACGUGAUGAGCAGUCCCUAUGGUCUAAUUGUGCGCCGGUACCUGUCACUUCUGGACGCUGCCAUCGAGCUGGAAUACCGUGACUACAAGGGUCCCCGACUGGAAGACAGGUACAAGGUUAUGAUGUUUGACCGCGUACUGACGGCAGACGAUGUCAACAGGAAGUACAGUUACAAGGGGCUGGUGGCGGAGGCGUUGAGGCAGCUGCUGGGCGACCAGUGUUACAAGCAGGACGAGGUUCUACCUCCCGGCUAUUACACAGACUUCUUACUGUGGAUAAAUGGAUCUGGAAAUGUCCUUCAUAUAAACGGGACUACUCCCAGUGCCGGCACUCCUCUGUGUCCCUCCAUCCCAACUUCAAAGUCCACAGAGAAGCCCGGUGCCCCACAUGCCAACGCCGACAUCUCCUCCCUCACCGCCGACUUCCAGACGUUCUCGCCCUUUUGCCACAACGACGUGGCGGUGAAGGAGAAGAGAGAGGGAGAGCGGGGGGCCGACGUGGAUUUCCUGAGCCGUGCUCGCCCCGCCGCCGGUGGCACCGUCUCCAGCGCAGCCCCCAUCCUGCCGGGGACCACCAUGGAGUACAACUCGUACUACCCGCCGGCCAGCUACUACAACAGCCUGACCAAGGAGCAGUCGCUGGAGAGUCAGGAGAGCUCCACCCUCAGCAGCCCGUCCGACUGCCUGAAUCAGCCGCCCAGCACCACCGGCUGCUCCCCCAUCAUCGGCUCCAGCUCCCUCUUCCAGUUCCCCAUCGGCAAGAUCCUGGACGAGGAAUCUGACACCCCGCCCCAGAACCAAGAGCACAACCUCUUCAGAACGGAGCAGCCCACCCCCAGCUUUUACGACAGCCCCCACUACCCCGAGACCCCAGGCCGGGUGGGGCAGGGCGAGCUGGUGAGUCCAGUGCCCCCACCAUUGCAACUCUCCAGCCCACUGCUGACCGACAAAGAGAGGUGCCGGGACAGCGAUCAGGUGAACAGGAUUGUGAUGUCAGUAAACGACAAGUGGCAUUACUGCCACAAUUCGGAUGUGCUGGUGGGAUCCCGGGCCAUGCGUGAUCGCCACCUCAGCUUACUAGGAUACACCGUGUUGCAGCUGCCUUACCACCAGCUGGAGAAGCUGAAUGGGAUCGAGGAGGUUAAACAGUAUUUACAAAAGAGACUGCUGGACGUGCAGUUAUGACGAUCAAAGACUGGAUUAUUUUGUACCCUUCCCUCUUUAUACUUGGAGAGCCAGCAGCGGGUGACCAGCUGCCCGACGCAGCCCCGCGGAACGGCCAUCCCGCCGGACAGACCGGGAUCGCUCCGAUCCUUCCUCCCUCCCUCCCUCUCAUUUUCUCUGGAGUGUGAACGUGUGACUCCUGGUUUUACAGAUUUUAUUUGCUUUUGUGUGUUCCCAUGCUGAUUACUGCCAGAUGUUCUGUACCAGCGCUGGAGACCGCGUCCUGUGGGCAGUGUCCCUGAGCUCCUUCCCCUCCCCGGGCUGGGCUGGGCUGGGCUGGGCUGGGGCAGAUCAAGCUGUGAUGGAGCUCACAGGAAGGGGCAGAGGCUGCCUCUGACCACCCGGCUCAUUCCUCUAAAAUGAGCAGGUACAGUGAGGGGCUGAGGGACCCCCCCCCCCACCCCACCCCAUCACGGACUGAGGGGGGGGUCAGAGGCAGACUCACAGCCCUGAUGGUCUCAGAGAGUA